UUAUGUGCGAAGCAAAUCUACAAAACGUUGAAAGAGCAGAAAGAAAAAGAAGAGGUCGCUUGAUAGUUUAAUUUAGUUUAGAUUACUAGAUAGCGGCUCGCGUGAUGAGUCUCGGCACAUGCGCGAAUGCAUAGAGAAUCGUCUGCUGCACAAGUGCCUCGUCGUCUGAUUUUUCCCUCCGAGCUGAAGCUGGGCUUUCGUCCUUCGCGUACAUCGCCGAUGUCUGAAAAAUGGCGAACAUGAUGAAAUGCGGGAUCAAGCUUUUUACUGUAAAACACGCUAAACGUGUAGUGCCACGCGUUUUUCUGCCCGCAAGGUAUCAGCGACAAUGUUUUCACACCAGCUGGAUCCUCGAUGUAAAAGGGAAAGAGCUGCUGAUGCCAUCUCUUUCACCUACUAUGGAAAAUGGAACAAUUGUAAAGUGGUUAAAGAAAGAAGGUGAUCCUAUAGCUCCUGGAGAUGCAAUUGCAGAUAUUCAAACCGACAAAGCUGUCAUGACUUUGGAAUUCGACGAUGAAAGUGUACUUGCAAAAAUUAUUGUGGCUGAAGGAAAAAGUGUCAAAGUUGGAGAGCUUAUUGCACUCACAGUUGAAACUGAUGAAGAUUGGAAGUCAGUUGAAAUGCCUUCUGAAGCUUCUGCAGCAGCUGCUGGUGCACCAGCAGCAUCUUCACCUCCAUCUGCAGCAGCUACAGCUGGACCACCUGAAGCACCACCACCUGGACAAACAAAUGUAUCAAUGCCAUCUUUGUCUCCAACAAUGACAACUGGAACAAUUGUCAAAUGGCUGAAAAAAGAAGGUGACAGCAUUGAAGCUGGUGAUGCUAUUGCAGAUAUUCAAACAGAUAAAGCUGUCAUGACUUUUGAAAUGGAAGAGGAGGCAGUAUUUGCUAAAAUUUUAGCUCCUGAAGGAUCACAAGCCGAAGUUGGAGAUCUUAUUGCCAUCAUUGUAGAAAAGGAUUUUGAUCUUUCUAAAAUAGUUGUUCCUUCAUCGUUGAAACAAGGAUCUGGUGCCCCUACUACUACUGAUGCUGAAUCUCCAGCAGCAGCAGUUGCAGCUGCUCCAGCAGCAAGUGCAACAAAAAAAGAUCAACCACCACCAAGUGGACAGGUAUAUGGAUUAGCAGUAAAAAGAUUACUUGAAGAAUAUGGUUUGAGCUCUGGUUCUGUCCAGGGAACUGGUCGUCCUAAUCGUCUGUUAAAAGAAGAUGUUCUAGCUUACAUCAAAUCAAAUAACGUUCAAAAAGUUGGACCUAAGAGUCUAUCCGCUCCAUCUGAAGCAGCACCAACAUCUGCUGCAAAAGGUUCUACAGCUGGACCUAAACCAAGGUGGUCAGGGGGUCCUUCGACAUUCACAGAUGGUCCUGUAUCGAACAUUCGAGCUGUUAUCGCUAAAAGACUUGGUGAAUCCAAGAGUGGUAUUCCUCAUUCCUAUGCCAGUAUCGAUAUCAAUAUUGACAAACUUAAUGAAGUGCGUAGUAAAUUACGUAUGGAAAAUGUAAAAGUAUCGGUAAACGACUUCAUUACAAAAGCUGCAGCACAUGCUCUUCUAGAAUGUCCAGAUGUUAAUACAUUGUAUCAAAAUGGGCAGGUGAUACCGCAACAAAAAGUGGAUAUCUCUGUUGCUGUGUCAACGCCAACGGGUCUCAUUACGCCAAUUGUUUUCAAUGCAGCAUUUAAAGGAUUAGCUGAUAUUUCCAAUGACGUUAAAGCACUAGCUGGUAAAGCGAGAGAAGGAAAAUUACAACCACAAGAAUUUCAAGGAGGAACAUUCACAAUUUCAAAUCUCGGAAUGUUUGGUAUCAGAGAUUUUUGUGCCAUCAUUAAUCCACCUCAGACCGCAAUUCUCGCUGUUGGAACCGGUCGUGAAAUUCUCGAUGUUUCGUUGAAGAAGUCUACCGUCAUGACUGUAACGUUAUCAUAUGACAGGAGAGCAAUUGAUGAAGAUCAAGCUGCUGAUUUUCUUGCGGUGCUACAAGCUAUGUUGCAAGAUCCAACUUUCCUUACUAUAGGAAGGUCUCAGACACUUAGACAUCGACGCGAAUGAAUCACCAUUUGGCGAAUCGAACGACGGAAACAAUGUCUAAACUGCCUCGAAAUACAAUCGACUGUACAGAAUUCAUGAAACUUAUUUAGAAAAUGUCACAACGAUGGUGUAUGAAAGCUUGUUAUUGUUAUAAAAAAUAAUGCAUCGGAGCGAAUGUGAUUUGGUUUUGCCGUACAAUACAAAAAAAUUAACUUCUUUUGCUCGAAUAAUAGAAAGGGUCAUGUUUACGAGUGAUCUUGGACAUUAAAAAAAAAUAAAUCGCGUUCAAGUGAUAAUUAGGACAUGGUUAUUGGAAUGCCGUUAGCUGAAAUUAAGUUCUAUGGGACAGAUGUCUAUAUUUAUUGAUGAUCGUAAAAUAUCAAUACUUAGACAUAUUAUAGAAUAUUUGUUAAUAAUAAUGAUCUUUACUUACAAAAAAUGUACUUCAAAACUGUUAUUUUAAAUAAAUUAAAGCGUAGUAAUCGCUUUUAUUGCACGUUUUAACAAUGAAAUCAGAUCCAAUUUGACAAUUUAUAUUGUGUAAAUGCCAUAUUAUCUGGAGAACUGAAUAAAGAAGUAAUUAAUAUACAAUGUUAAUUACCAAGGCGCUGUAGUGUUGAAUCACGAAAUCACCUUGU